AUGAUGAUGGAUAUCAUCAAUCGGAAGAUCUACAAGAAUGUUAUCAAGUAUACGGAUGCAUACGUUGUUAUCGAUGAUACCAAGUGGGAUCAUAUUCUGAUCAAGGAAUGA